AUGACGUCUGUAUCAGGAAAAUAAUGGUGUAAUCACUUCACUCACGAUCUUUCUCUCCGUAAUAAUGAUUAUAGUAUUUUCAAAUUAUUUUGUCAAACACUUGGUUGCCGUCAAACACAGUGUUCACUAAAAAAAGUAUUUAUUUCUCAAUUUCAUAAUCAAAUUUAUUGUAAAAGUGCUGAAAGAUGGAGAAUGUGGUGACAGAGAGCGGUAAGUUUGAUAUCAAUGGAUACCCCAUUUGGUACGAACAGUUUGGCACCGGACCCAACAUAUUGCUUAUGAUACCCGGAGCUAUAGGGACGGGUCGUACCGAUUACUACGAGCAAUUGUUGGGCAAAAAUGCCCUGGAUCUAACUCAAUUCACGGCCGUCACAAUAGAGCUGCCCGGUUGGGGCCGAUCCAGACCUCCUAUUAGGAAAAUUAACAAAAAUGCCUAUAAUUUUGACGCCGAUUGUUGUGUUAAACUAAUGGAGGCUUUGGGUCACAAGAAGUUCAUGGCUUUGGGCUGGUCUGAAGGGGCCAGAGUUGGUCUGGUGCUAUCGGCCAAUCACCCUGAUAAUGUUACCGACUUGGUUGUGGCCGGUAUUCCCUGCCUAUACACAGAACAAAGUACUAACAAUAUAUUAAAUACGCGAAACAUUGAGAAUUGGGGCCCAAAUCUGGUGGAGAAUUAUCUGAGAGCUUAUAAGGACGAGAAGGAAGUGCAGGACCUCUGGAGACGACACAUGAUAUUUAUCGCUAACUUUCCCGACUAUUUCCCAAACGGUGUCUGCAAUAAGAAAUACGAGACAAUUAAAUGCAGAAUACUUGUCAUACAUGGAGAUAAGGAUCCUUUGGUUGAAAUGAAACAUCCCUUACAUCUGAUUGAAAGUAUUAAAACGGCUGAACUUAAGAGCGAUGCGAAUGGUUGGCCCGUUUGGUACGAAAAGUUUGGCACCGGUCGUGAUGUGGUACUACUCAUACCCGGAGCGAUGGGCACCGGAAGGAGUGAUUUCAGCCGACAGUUGGAAGGAGAGGACGCUUUCGAUCUGAAACGGUAUACGUUUGUGGCCGUAGAGCUGCCCGGUUGGGGACGAUCCCGACCGCCCGCCCGGCCCUAUGGUCUCGAUGUCUAUCACAACGACGCCGAGUGUUGUUUCAAAGUUAUGGACGACUUAGGCUUCAAGACUUAUUCAGUGAUUGGUUGGUCAGACGGCGCAAAAGUAGCGCUUCUUAUGGCUUAUAUGAAUCCGAAUCGGAUCACGUGUUCGGUGGCCAUUGGUAUCUUCGUGUGGGCGACCAAACAAACGAUCGCACCCAUGAUGUUGACCAGAGACACAAAACGGUGGCCAAAGGAACAGUUUGACACCUACUGCCAGGUUUAUGGCGAUGAAGAGACUCUUCAGCGCCUUUGGGACCAACACAUCAACUUCUGUAGGGCUGCGAUGGAGAACUGCGGCGACGGACAGUAUUUGGUGACACCGGAACAGCUCAGACAGAUCCGAAAUCCAGUACUUCUAGUGCACGGAGAUAUGGACCCGUUGAUUAGUAUAGAGCACCCGAUGUACUGUAAAAACAAUAUACCGGACGCUGUGUUACACCGAUUCCCCGGCGGUUCCCAUAACUGUCAUCAG